GAGGCAAUCAAAGCUGAAGCCUCAAAACGAUCGUAGUUCUCAGCUUCAACGCACGUGUGCUCUCUUUAGUUAGUUAGUUGUUUUCCUAAAUGCUGCUUUAUUAAAUCAAUCAAGCCCCUGUUUGUGACGGAAAAUAUGUUUACACUAACUUAUCAGCAGAUUCUCAGCUAGCAAAAAACAAUAACAAGUUGUGACGGCCGUGCAGCGAUUGCUGCAUGUGAUUCGGUUCAUCGAUGUAACCUGAUCGGCGGCUGUGGUCUAGGUGGAUUCAGUUGAUAACCCUCAGCGUGGGCUCAGCCUACUGGUUGUCAACGGCUUCCCGAGCUCAUUUUCGAUUCGACGAGCAAGAAGUUCGCACUUCUCUGAAUCCGCAUUUCGUUUUUUUGCAGCCAAUCGACAUGGUAAUAAUCCGCUGCUACGAUGCUCAGGCGCACUCUGUGGCCGAAGAGUUGAAGGUCUUGCGACGACUGCAGGAGGAGGAUUCCGGCGUGGUAUCUGUGCGGAUGGAGCGCUGUUAUCAUCUCGAGUACAACGGGCAGGCAGAGCACUCGCUGUCCCUGGAAGAGUUACUGGUUUGGCUCGUAAAGCAACCCUUGAGGAGUGGCCAAAGCCUGGCCAAGCAGUCCGUUCUUCAGCCGGAAAGCCAAUUGCAGUUGCUUCUUGAGAUUGGACCGCGCUUCAACUUUUCAACGCCAUACUCUACGAACUGCGUAAACAUCUUCCACAACCUUGGAUACUCCGAGGUCCAGCGUGUCGAAGUCUCCACUCGGUACCUGCUAACCUUUAAGGAGGGCUCCGAGGAGCGUAAGUCGUCCACGUUUGUUCCUCUGCUGGGCGACCGCAUGACGCAGUGCCUUUAUACCAAAGAGAACAUUCCCAAGGACAGCUUUGAUGAGCAGCUUCCAGAGCGUCAGACCAAAUGGCAUUUCAUUCCCGUUUUGGAGGAAGGUCGUAAAGCUUUAGAGCAAAUCAAUCAAGAGCUGGGCCUAGCCUUCAACGACUUUGAUCUGGACUACUACCACGAUUUGUUCUGCAAGGAAUUGGUCCGAAAUCCCACCACAGUAGAGCUGUUCGACUGUGCUCAAAGCAAUAGCGAACACUCGCGUCACUGGUUCUUCCGCGGGCGGAUAGUGAUCGAUGGAGUGGAGCAGCCCAAGUCUUUGAUCCGAAUGAUAAUGGACACGCAGGCUCAUACAAACCCCAACAACACCAUUAAGUUCAGUGAUAAUAGCAGCGCAAUUGUGGGAUUCGAGCACCAGGUUAUAGUACCAUCUUCCGUAGUGGAUCCUGGGCCUGUGUGUCUAAAGACCGUGCAGUCUGACCUGAUUUUUACGGCGGAGACUCACAAUAUGCCCACCGCUGUAGCGCCGUUCAGCGGAGCCACAACCGGAACGGGAGGACGUCUGCGUGAUGUUCAGGGUGUCGGCAGAGGUGGCGUUCCAAUCGCAGGCACCGCUGGUUAUUGUGUAGGAGCUCUUAACAUUCCAGGUUACAAACAACCAUACGAGUCUGCGGAUUUUAAAUAUCCAGUGACGUUUGCGCCUCCACUUCAGGUUCUAAUAGAAGCGAGCAAUGGCGCCUCGGACUACGGAAACAAGUUUGGAGAACCAUUAAUCUCCGGUUUCGCCCUUUCUUAUGGCCUAAACAGUGCGGCUGACGCCAGCCAGCGGGAUGAGUAUGUCAAGCCGAUUAUGUUCAGCGGCGGUCUUGGUACCAUGCCCGCAUUGAUGCGGGAGAAGCUACCGCCAGCUCGUGGUCAGUUGCUGGCCAAAAUUGGAGGACCAGUGUACAGGAUAGGGGUUGGUGGCGGCGCUGCAAGCUCCGUAGAGAUACAGGGAUCCGGAGACGCUGAACUAGACUUCAACGCCGUUCAGCGGGGAGACGCUGAAAUGGAGAACAAAUUAAAUCGCGUUGUGCGCGCUUGCCUAGAAUUGGGCGAGCAAAAUCCUAUCCUCGCUAUUCACGAUCAGGGCGCUGGUGGAAAUGGUAACGUGCUCAAAGAACUUGUCGAGCCAGGCUUUGCUGGGGCUGUUAUAUUUUCCAAAGAGUUUAACCUAGGCGAUCCAACAAUCACGGCCUUGGAGUUGUGGGGCGCCGAGUACCAGGAGAACAACGCCAUUCUCUGUAAGGCGGAACACCGGGAUCUGCUGGAAAAGAUCUGUCGGCGUGAACGAUGUCCUAUUAGCUUUGUGGGAGUGGUGACCGGUGACGGUCGAGUGACGCUGUUAGAGGAGGCUGCUCCGAAAGAUUUAAAACAGGCUUUGAACGAGUUUAAUCGCAGCAAGCCUUCACCGUUCGACUUGGAGCUUAAGCACGUCUUGGGCGACAUGCCAAAGAGAACGUUCCAACUAAGCCGCGAGCAUACGCCUCUAAAGGAGCUUUGUCUGCCGAAAGACUUGCUCGUUAAUGAAGCUCUGGAAAGAGUUCUAAGUUUGGUUGCAGUAGGCAGCAAACGCUUCCUGACAAACAAGGUAGAUCGCUGUGUUGGAGGGUUGAUCGCGCAGCAACAAUGCGUAGGUCCCCUUCAAGCUCCUCUAUCAGAUUACGCCCUAACCACCGUCUCCCAUUUCACGAACGCUGGAAUCGCCACCUCAAUUGGUACGCAGCCUCUUAAAGGUUUGCUUGAUCCGGCCGCAAUGGCUAGAAUGUGUGUGGCUGAAGCGCUUACCAACCUCGUCUUUGUAAAGAUAAGCGAACUGAAGGACGUUAAAUGUUCGGGCAACUGGAUGUGGGCGGCAAAACUACCCGGGGAGGGAGCCAAGAUGUUUGAUGCCUGCAAGGAACUAUGUCAGAUACUUGAGGAGCUCCAUAUUGCCAUCGACGGGGGAAAAGACUCUCUCUCUAUGGCUGCCAAGGUGGGAGGCGAGACAAUUAAGUCCCCGGGAACCCUUGUCAUCUCCACUUACGCUCCCUGUCCAGAUGUGCGGCUUAGAGUUACACCCGACUUAAAGGGUCCCGGCUCGGGCUUAAAGACCGUUUUGCUUUGGAUAAAUUUAGAAAACAGCCUUCGCCUCGGUGGAUCAGCUUUAGCUCAGGUCUACGCCCAGCAGGGCAUAGAGGUGCCAAGCUUGACCAGAAGUGACCUGCUAAGCAAGGCAUUUGCAGUUACCCAGUCGAUGUUGGGAGAAGGUCUUCUUAGGGCAGGGCACGAUGUCAGCGACGGUGGCUUGCUCGUUUGCCUUGUUGAGAUGGCCAUUGGCGGGUUGAGUGGCCUCAGGCUUGACCUCUCCGAACCAUUGGCCACGCUAAAGAACUACGAUGCGGCUUCCGCGAAAAUUAAUCGUCCCGAGCUGGCUCUUCUCUUUGCGGAGGAGUGCGGAUGGGUAGUGGAAAUAUUGGAGACUGAUUUGGAGCGAGUUCGAUCUAUUUACGGUGAUGCCGGAGUACCAAACUUCUAUUUGGGCAUGACCGACGGUUUUGGACUUGAUUCCAGAGUGGUCGUCAAACAGGGAGUGUCAGUGCUGCUGGAUCAGCCCCUCCGCCUGUUGUACCAACAGUGGGAACGCACCAGUUACGAGCUAGAAAAGCUUCAGGCCAACCCAGAGUGCGUCAAAGCAGAAUACGAUAGCCUUGAAUACCGCAGAGCUCCGCAGUACCGGGGUCCUUGCAAUCUGCAGUCCGAGCUUAUUCUGAAGCGGUCCAAUGUCCCAGUUCGGGUAGCCGUGCUCCGGGAGGAGGGCGUCAACAGUGAACGUGAGAUGAUGGCUUGUCUGCUUAAGGCAAACUUUGAGGUGCACGAUGUGACCAUGUCGGAUCUUUUACAAGGAACCACGAGGAUAUCGGAGUACCGGGGUCUUAUAUUUCCCGGCGGAUUCAGCUACGCGGACACUUUAGGAUCAGCUAAGGGUUGGGCAGCCAACAUUCUCCAUAACCCCCGCCUGCUUCCUCAGUUUGAAGCCUUCAAGCGCCGGCAAGAUGUGUUCUCCUUGGGCAUUUGCAAUGGAUGCCAAUUAAUGACUCUUAUUGGAUUUGUCGGAAGGCCGGGCUGCGAAGUAGGCGUAGAACCCGAUGUAGCUCUUGUCCAUAACCUAUCGCAACGAUUUGAGUGCCGUUGGUCCACCGUGCGAAUUCCAGUCAAUCGUUCUAUCAUGCUUGCAAGCAUGCAGAAUCUGGUGUUAGGCUGUUGGGUGGCUCACGGGGAAGGUCGCUUUGAAUUCCGGGAUGCAAAACUCUUAAAACAACUACACUCGGACGAGCUGGUGACAAUGCAAUAUGUUGAUGAUGCAGGCGAGCCCACGGAACUCUAUCCUCUUAAUCCAAACGGAAGUCCUCAAGGGGUUGCCGGCGUUUGUUCGACGGAUGGACGCCAUUUGGCCUUAAUGCCACAUCCUGAGCGUUGCUACGCUAUGUACCAGUGGCCCUAUGUGCCACCUUCAUUCGAAGUUUCUCCUACAGAGGCUGAGAGCCCUUGGCAAAUAAUGUUUAACAAUGCGUACAGAUGGUGUGUAACGUCGGACCAAUAAGGAAAAUAUAUAUAUAUAUGUACAAUCACAUAAUAUAUAUAUAUAUAUAUAUUAUAUAUGUACAUACACAUAAUAUAUAUAUGUACAUUCUAUUAUAAAAUACACAAAUCUUUUUAAAAAACAAAAUAUAUACACGUAAUGCUGAUUGCAACAUA